AUGAAACUACUGAUAUUAAUAUACCUGGCAUCUCUUGCCACCGCUGCAACAUCUACUUAUAUCCCGCUUCAACUACAACAACAACAACAUCAACAGUAUCAACAGUAUCAACAGCAUGAGAAGCAACAGCAUUAUCAAAAUCAUAACCAACAAAAGCAUCAACAACCGCAUCAACAUUACCAACAAAUACAGCGACAAUCUCCAGCUCCACUAUUAACAGUCGCUAGACCUCCUAAAUACUAUACCGACGAAGACCCCCUCGUGGCUCACUCAUACAUUGUCGUGUUCAAUACCAGUGCUCUUGAAACAAUACCAGCAAAUGAAAUCAAUAAUAUGGUCCAGGCCCAUUUAACCUGGGUAACAUGUGCACGCGAGCUUCAUAUGGCCAGUUUAGAUAUGACUUCCCCACAUUCCAAUCAUGAAGAUGACUUUCAACAGCAACUAUUAUCUUCCUCUUCCUCUUCCUCUUACUCUUCCUCUUCCUCUUCUUCCUUAUCAUCAUACAGACACAUGUUCACAAAACCUUUACGACCGUUUAGCAUUCAUAACAAUACUUUCCUGGGCUACACAGGAUACCUUCCUCCAGAAACUUUGGCGAUGGUACGGUCGUCUACAACGGUAGGUGAUGGUGGAAAUCAAAAGCUACCAAUUUUAUACAUUGAACCCAAUGCACGAGUCUUUGCGAGUAAGCUUGUGACACAGACAUAUGCGCCAUGGGGACUUGCUAGGAUUUCUAACCGAGAACAACUGACAGCAAGCACUUUCAGUAAGUACCGUUAUGAUGAUAGAGGCGGGGCUGGUGUGACUGCAUAUGUUGUUGAUAGCGGCAUUUAUGUGGAGCAUGACGAUUUCGAGGGUCGUGCAGAAUGGGGGGUUGUAACAGUGGAAGAAGGUAAUAAUGAUAAUAAUGAUAAUAAUGGCCAUGAUGGUGGUAGGAACAAGGGUGCAUCUGAGGGUUCAUUUGAUGAGAGCCCCAAAUAUAGUAGUGGGUUGGUAUAUCAAGAUUUGAAUGGUCAUGGAACUCAUUGUGCAGGAAUCAUAGCAGGCAAGUCGUACGGCGUUGCUAAAAAGACACGGCUUGUUGCAGUCAAGGUUCUUGCGGCCGAUGGUAGUGGGUCGAUUGAAAGUGUGUUGCGGGGGCUUGAGUGGGUAGUCAAUGACCAUGCAAAUCAAACUGCACCAGCACCAUCACCAUCACCAGCAUUUGUUAAAUUUACUAAAGCAUCUGGUGAUGGCAACAAUGACAGCAAUGACAGCAAUGACAACAAUAAUAAUAAUAAUAAUAAUAAUUCCAGAGAAAGGGGAUCAAUUGUAAACCUAUCUUUGGGUUGUGGAUACUCUCCAUCACUGAAUGCUGCUGUAGCGGCAGUGGCAGCUGCUGGACUUCAUGCUGUUGUUUCUGCAGGUAAUGAUAAUGAUGAUGCAUGUGGAUACUCACCAGCAUCAUCUCAGGCUGCUUUAACUGUUGGUGCAAGUACGUUUGAGGACACGCGGGCGUGGUUUUCGAACGAAGGCUCGUGUGUGGAUUUAUUUGCUCCUGGAACAGAUGUAUGGUCAGAUUUUAUAGGAGCUCCUGAUGCAGCAGCUCGACGUUCUGGUACAUCUAUGGCAGCACCAUAUGUUGGUGGACUUAUGGCAUAUUUUUUAGCAUUACAACCAUUAGAAGAAGAUGAUGGUAAUGGUAAUGUAAGAACUGUGGUACCGGUGACUCCGGCACAGAUGCGGGAGAAUGUACGUCGGUUUGCUACACACAAUGCACUUUAUGGAGUGGCCAAUGGGACCUCGAAUCUGUUGGCGUAUAAUGGUGGAGGUAUGCGUGAUCUUGAUGAUUUUUGGAGGGAGUGA